CAGGGGUUGCGCACUUUGGUUCCGUGGGCGUCGCGGCCCGGAAGUGCGGCCUUAGAGGUGGUGAGCGGGAGACUGCCGCGGCGCGGCCUGGUCCCUGAGGAGGAGCCGGAGAUGGCGGCAGCAGAGGCGGUGCAUCACAUCCACUUGCAGAACUUCUCUCGCUCGCUUCUUGAGACCCUCAAUGGGCAGCGGCUGGGUGGCCACUUCUGCGACGUGACAGUGCGCAUCCGCGAGGCUUCGCUGCGUGCUCACCGCUGCGUGUUGGCCGCCGGCUCGCCCUUCUUCCAGGACAAGCUGCUGCUUGGCCACUCCGAGAUCCGCGUGCCGCCGGUAGUGCCCGCGCAGACCGUGCGCCAGCUCGUAGAGUUCCUCUACAGUGGCUCGCUGGUUGUGGCGCAGGGCGAAGCGCUGCAGGUGCUCACGGCCGCGUCGGUGCUGCGCAUCCAGACCGUCAUAGACGAGUGUACGCAGAUCAUUGCCCGUGCCCGCGCCCCCGCCGCAGGCACCCCUGCGCCCGUGCCGCUGCCCACGCCCGUGCCCCCGCCGCUCGCACCUGCGCAGCUGCGCCACCGCUUGCGCCACUUGCUGGCCGCGCGACCCCCAGGCCACCUGGGUGUCGCGCAUAGCCGCAAGCAGCGCCAACCCGCGCGCCUGCAGCUGCCCGCGCCCCCCGUGCCGGCCAAGGCGGAGGGGUCGGACGCUGACCCCACCCUGCCCGCGGUCCCAGACGACGGCUGUGACGACGACGACGAGGAGACCGAUGACGAGACCGAAGGCGAGGAGGGCGAAGGCGGCGGCCCAGGCGAGGGCCAGGCGCCCCCUUCUUUCCCCGACUGCGCCGCCGGCUUCCUCAGCACAGCCCGUGACAGCGUGCGCGAGGAGCCGCCUGCGCCCGCCGGCCUCUCUGACUAUGGCGGCGCCGGGAGAGAUUUCCUUCGGGGGGCCUCGGCGGCCGAGGACAUGUUCCCCGACAGCUACGUCUCCGCUUGGCAAGACGAAGACGGCACCACCGCCGAAGGCUGUCCAGCCGAGACCUCGGCCCCGCCCGACUGCGUCCUGUCGGGACCCCGCACGCCCGGUGUGAAGACCCCGGGGCCGCCCGUCGCGCUUUUCCCUUUUCAUCUGGGCGCUCCCGGGCCGCCUGUGCAACCCUCGCCUGCGCCCUCCGGGCCGGCCCCUGCGCCCCCGCCCACCUUCUACCCGCCACUCCAGCCGGACCCGGCCCCCAGCGCGCCUCUCGGGGAGGCUCCGGCCCCGCCCGCCGCCCCGUCGGCCACCCCUGCGCGCGCCCCGGGUGCGGAGCCGCCCGCCUAUGAGUGCAGCCACUGCCGCAAGACGUUCAGCUCGCGGAAAAACUACACCAAGCACAUGUUCAUCCACUCGGACCUCCAGGAGAACCUGGAGGAGGUCCUUCCCGAGCUGCAGGCAGAGAACAUCCGCUGCUUCUACCUCAGCCACUCCUCUCCCACGCAAGGGGUGGGGGCUCUGGUGGCUGCCCUUGAGGAUGCACCUGCAGACCCCGUGCCUGCUGACCUGCGUGCUGGGAUCACACCACAAAGCCCUGCCCUGUUCAUCUACACCUCAGGGACCACUGGGCUCCCGAAGCCAGCCAUCCUCACACAUGAGCGGUUGCUACAGAUGUGCAGGAUGCUGUCCUUGUCUGGGGUGAGAGCUGAUGACGUAGUCUACACAGUCUUGCCUCUGUACCACGUGAUGGGGCUUGUCAUUGGAGUCCUCGGCUGCCUGGAACUCGGAGUGACCUGUGUCCUGGCCCCUAAGUUCUCUGCCUCCUGCUUCUGGGAUGACUGUCGGCAGCAUGGUGUGACUGUGAUCCAUUAUGUGGGCGAGGUCCUGCGGUACCUGUGUAACACUCCCCAGCGACCAGAGGACCGGACACAUACAGUGCGCCUGGCGAUGGGCAAUGGACUCCGGGCAGAUGUGUGGGAGACUUUCCAGCAGCGCUUUGGCCCCAUUCGGAUCCUGGAAGCCUACGGCUCCACGGAAGGCAAUGGUGGCUUUGUCAACUAUCCAGGGCGCUGUGGGGCCUUGGGCAAGACAAGCUGCCUCCUUCGAAUGCUGUCCCCCUUUGAGCUGGUACAGUUCAACAUGGAGGCCGAGGAGCCUGUGAGGGACCAUCGGGGCUUCUGCAUCCCUGUGGGGUCAGGGGAGGCGGGGCUCCUCUUGACCCAGGUGCUAGGCCGCCACCCUUUCCUGGGCUACCGUGGGCCCCGAGAGCAGUCGGAACGGAAGUUGGUGCGGAACGUGCGGCGCCCGAACGACGUUUACUACAACACGGGGGACGUCCUGGCCAUGGACUGCGAAGGCUUCCUCUACUUCCGCGACCGCCUCGGGGACACCUUCCGAUGGAAGGGGGAGAACGUGUCCACGCGGGAGGUGGAGGGCGUGUUGGCCCUUGUUGACUUCCUGCAGGAGGUGAACGUCUACGGUGUGUCUGUGCCAGGGUGUGAGGGCAAGGUAGGCAUGGCUGCCGUGCAGCUGGCCCCCGGCCAGAGCUUCGAUGGGCAGAGGCUGUACCAGCACGUGCGUUCUUGGCUCCCUGCCUACGCUGCCCCCCAUUUCGUCCGUAUCCAGGACACCCUGGAGAUCACGAGCACAUUCAAACUGGUGAAGUCCCGCUUAGUACGUGAGGGCUUCAAUGUGGGCGUCAUUGCUGACCCCCUGUUUGUGCUGGACAAUCAGGCGCAGGCUUUCCGGCCCCUGACGCAGGACACGUAUCAGGCUGUGUGCGAGGGAACCUGGAGACUCUGACCACCUGGCAUUCCACAUCUGGACAUCCAAAGGGGCCGGGCUCAACGCUGACAACCACCCCCACUUGCAGUGUUACCUCCACCCGAGACGUGCACGAGAUCUCAUGAAUCCCAGCCCGGCCGUAUCCCCUGCACAGGGUGGGACAACACUGAGUCCAGGAGCAGAGUGAGAAUAAACUUGGAUGUACACAAAUGUCUGUGCGGAUGGAGAAACAAGCGAGGAGUGCAGGGCCCAGUGCCCUCCAGAAACUUUACUUCCCCAUGCCUCCUCACCAAGGGCCUCAGCUAGCCUUGAGGAGUGUCUUGUCUGGGUAAGGCCAGGGGUGUGGGAGGCGCCAGCAGCCUCGCAGCCACUGCAGGGUGGAGAGAUGAGAGCACUGACUCCAUCUGUGGGUCUCUGUGGCCUCUGACGGGGCCGGCCCAGGCCAGCAGAUGUGGAUGUGGUCUGCAGCAUGUGGGGAGAAGUGCAGUGAUGGGCGAUCUGACAAGGGCCGGAGGGCAUUGAACUGAGAGGCAAGAGAGCAGGAAGUAACCAGGAGAGGAGCCUUCCUGGCACAGUGCACGUGUAAAGGCCCUGGGGCAAUAGGGGUGGGGGAGCGGGUGAAGAGCCCUCUGCAAAAUGGACUCCGCAGCGUCUUGGGGGCCAUAAGUGCUCUCCGGGGUAUCGUGGGAGCUGUGGGGAGGGGCGUGCACGCGCUGGUCUUCGGGCAGUGGAGUGCGCAUUGUGUCGGGGGCUUUAAAUGCUGCCUGAACAUUGUGAGAUCUGCAGACUAGGGGCAGAAGGAAGAAGGAGGGGGAGCCGCGAGCUCCGAGUCCUUUAGGGAGUGUAGUGUGCGCUGUCUCAGGGCUGGAAGGGCUUCCUGGGGCAUUGUGGAGACGUAAAAGGAACGCGCGGGCGCCGAACCUCUGGGAAAUGCAGUCUAUUCCGUGUCCGGGGCUCUAAGUGCUGCUCAGUCGUUGUAGGACCCGCGGACGGGAAGCCUCAAGGAAGUGUGGUCCUUGUUGUCUCCAGGGCAGAAAGCGCUGCCUGGGCGUUACGGGUGUUGUAGGCAGGCACACGUGGGUGCAGAGCCGGGGAAGCGCGGUCCGCACGCACUCAGGGUCCGGAAGUGUCUCUGGGGCAUCGUGGGAGCUGUAGGCAGAGGCUAGCGGACGCUGAGGCCUCUGGGAAGUGUAGUCCGCGCAGGGCCCGGAAGUGCCCCCUGGGCACAUCCGUAGGAGCUUUAGGCGAGGCGGCGUAAGCUGUAGUCCCUGGGGCCGGGCUGUGCCCCCGAGGUGGGGUGAGUGCCGGUUACUCUGCUGCGAGGGGAUGGUACCCCCACGGCGUCCCUGGGCAUUUUAGCGCCGGUUCGGCCAUGAGAAUCUCCGUCAGCGGUGGCGGCGGCCUGAGCACGGCUGACUGGCGCCGCAGGCCGUCCCUGGGGUUGGCUUUCACAAAGUAGUCAUUCUUGUUGUCACUCCCUGUUUCUCGGCCCAGGGGCUGAGGUGGCCCUAUGAGCCUCCCAUGAAACCGCAGCCCCUUCAAUGCACCUGUAGGGGAGGAAGAACUAUUCCUCUACCCUCUAGGUCCUUCUGCCUGAUCUAAGAACUAAAUUGACGUGAGGCAGAACAACAGGAGAAAACCAAAGUUUGAUAACGUGUACAUGGGAGAAACCCAAGAAAACUGAGCAACUCGCCAAAAUGGCUGAAGCUGCUACCUUAAAUACCAUCUUCAGCUAAAGAGGGAGGAUGUUGGCGGUAGUGGUGUGGGUCUUGAGGCGAGCGGGGAGGCAAUUCAUAUGGAGAUGGAAAAGCAAAUGUUUGGUAAACGAGUGUUUUCUUGGCCGUCUGUAAACAAGGGGAUCCGGAAGAGAUCUUUUGAUAAACUGGCCCUUGCUAAAAGCCUCUGUCUACCACACCUAGAAUUACCUAUGAUGAUGGCCUGUCGCGGGGACAGGUCUUCUACCUAAAAUUCUUUCAGGCAAUUGGGGGAAGGUCAAAGUGUCUUUGAGUCUCUAGUUCUUGAAAAUAAGCCAAAGAGACACAUUUUGGGGUGGCAAAUUCUUCUUCUUUUUUUUUUUUUUUUGAGGAAGAUUAGCCCUGAGCUGACAUCUGUGCCCAUCUUCCUCUGCUUUACAUGUGGGACGCCUGCCACAACGUGGCUUGACAAGCAGUGCCUGGGUCCACACCUGGGAUCCAAACCGGUGAAUCCUGGGCCACUGAAGCAGAAUGUGGGAACUUAACCACUGUACCACCAGGCUGGCCCCCUGGGGCGGCAAAUUUUGAUUCCCCACACACCAGUGUGCACAGCUGGGCUUGGAUCCGGGCCCGCUGCAGUCCAGUUCUCGUCCCUUGCACACAGUAGGUCAUCAGGCUGGUUCACACGCCUCUUCCUUCUAGGAGUUGCCCUGCUUAGGAAAGGGAGCUGUGUGAACAUAGCAGCAGAGGCCCAGGCUGUCCAGCCCCCCCCCCCCCCCCCCCGUGCACACAGUAGGUCCAAUAUCAUUUGACAGCUGGCACAUAGCAGCAGAGGCUGGGCUUACCCCCGCCUUGAGGCUCAUUUUCCUGCCCUGCACAGAGUAGGUCCUUGUUACCUUAAGGCCCUUGUACUCUCUGGGACCAGAGACCAGCCUGGAAGGGAGCUACAUGGAUGAAGCAGCAGAGGCGGGAGCUGGCCACCCCCAGUGUGACCAAGUGCUCCUGCCAUGUUUUAUAACCAUUGCUCAAGACCUGCUUGACCCUGCUCUCCAGGCUUCCAUGGGCUCCUUUGCCAAGCUGCCCAAGGUGCCAGCCUAAGCCAGUAUAUCCACUUCUCUUGCAUGUACCAUACUGUGAGUGGGUGUUAAGUUGUGGCUGUCCUCCUGAUGAGGAACACUGCAUUCCUGUUUGCCCACUCUGACCGGCGAGGCUAUGUCACCGCAUUUCUUACUAACAGACAAAGCUAGCAUUUGUGAUGUGAACAGAAAAAAUUCACUCAAUCAACAGAAUACCAUGGGCCAGAGAUGCAUGGGGGAGGGGUGCAGGGACAUGUGCUGGACUCAAACCCGGUUCUUUGCAUCCCAGAGCUUGCAGUGUGGCGUGAGAGGUGGCCACUUACAUGCUGUGUGGCCUGGGGCAAGUCCCUAGAACCACCUGUCUACCCUGCAUUGGUUUCCUUCAUUUUAAAAUGGGGCUGAUGAUUGUGCCCACCUUGAAAGUGAUUGUGGAGAUUAAACCAGAAGAGUGAUGGGGAAAUUCCCCCAGAGGAUUACCUGUUGUCCCUGAUAUUGGCAUCUUGGUUUUGGCUGUCAGUGAGGGCCUGUUUCUUCAUCUGCAGAGUGAGCAUGUCCACCCCACCUUGAAGUGUCAUUGGAAGGGAUCGUUGUCAACAGCAACAGAAAUAAAACUGUGCCUAAGAACCCUCAUGGCUCCCUUGGGGCCAG